AUGGUAAACAAGCCAGUCAGAGUCGCUGUAGAUCCGGUGACCAUCGUUCUUAAGGAAUGUAUAACUAUGUCUACCGCCAUGAGAAAAUACUCCACUUUGACUUCUCAGUCAGGAAUGGCAGCAAUUCUUGGUGGUGGUAGUGAUGAUAUCUUUAUUUCAGACUCAUUUGCUACAAUUCCUCAAGCAAAACAAAAUGACCCCCUUCUGUCUGGAUUUAUCCAAUUAAAGCUAAUGCUAGAUAAAUUAGAAUCACUCGAAAAUAUUGAUUCCUUAACUGUUCUUCAACCGUUCCUUUUAGUUAUUAGAACUAGCACUAUUUCAGGUUACAUCACAUCCUUAGCAUUAAAUUCUUUACAAAAAUUUUUAACCACGAACAUUAUCACUGAGCAUUCAAAAAACUAUGUAGCGGCGUACAGAGAGGUUGCCAAAGCAUUAACUCAUUGCAGAUUUGAGGGUAUAAGCCAAAUGGCGGAUGAUUCUGUAUUAUUAAAAGUAGUUAUAUUAUUAAGAUCAUUAGUUAAUUCACUAAUGGGUGAUGUUUUAUCCGAUUCAAUCGUUCAUGGGAUUCUUCAAACAAUUAUGUCCUUGGCAUGCAAUAAAAGAAGAACUGAAGUCUUACGAAAGGCAGCUGAAACAACUAUGAUAUCUUUAACUGUUAAAAUAUUUUCGAAAUUGGAUGAUAUUGACCCAACUCUGUCGAGACAUAUUUAUAUAAAUGAUGAAGCAUACGCUAAUAAUACUCUAAAAAGUGAUACAGUCGGCGCAAAGAUAAGUAUGGAUGAUUCUAGAAGUGAGCUAUCUUCUUCAAUAGGGCCAAGAACAGAGACAGCAGAUGUAGAAGAGCCCACUGAGAUAACACAAAGAAAUGAAGGUGCAGAAAACAUAGAAAGCGAUAUAGAUUCUAAAUUAUCAGUCAAUGAUCUAAAUAUAAAAAGUACUAGUGCGUUAGUUCUUUCACCUACUGAUGAAAACUACGGGUUCAAAGUAAUUUGUCAAUAUCUAAAUAUGUUACUAUCCAUUGUAAUCCCUGAAAACAUUAAUAAUCAUGGUAAUUUUUCUAGUAUUCUAUCAUUUCAAUUAUUGAACACUGCCAUUGAACUAUCGGGUGGUAGAUUUUUAUCUCAUCCAAGACUAUUCAGUCUGGUUGCUGAUCCAAUUUUUAAAAGUUUAUUUUUUGUAAUUCAAAAUUCAAACAAAUUAUCAUUAGUUCAAGCAGCCAUGGAACUUUUCACUACAAUAGUAAUUGUAUUUGGAGAAAAUGUUCAUUCUCAAGUAGAAUUAACAUUAAAUUGUAUUCUAGACCUUCUAAAAGAAAGUCGUGAUACUACAGACAAUAAUGGUAAAAAUAAACCGGAAGAAAAAGAAAUCAAGUCUUUGCCAAUUAAAGAACUAUUGUUAGAACAACUGUCCCUUCUAUGGACAUGCUCAUCUAACCUUUUCAUUAAAACUUUUGUCGAUUUUGACUGUAGUAGAGAUAGAUCUGAUUUAGCGACUAAACUCUUAAAAACUUUAGCAAAAAUGGUAAAUUUAGAACCAAGUUCUCAAAGUAUGACACCAAUAAGUUUAGAUGGUAUUUGUUCUUUUGUUGAUGAAAUCCAUACCAACUUAAAUUCCGUUGACAGAUUAACAUUUUUAUCAGAAAGGAAAGAAAAUAUUAAAUUAAGGCAAAGAGAACGCAAAACUAAAUUCAUUAAAUGUGUAGAAGCGUUCAAUGAAAAGCCAAAGAAAGGCAUCCCUUUAUUGAUUGAAAGUAGUUUUCUUACCUCUGAUAAAGACGAAGAUUUAGCACAAUUUCUUUUUGAAAAUAAUACCCGAAUUAACAAAAGAACAAUCGGUUUAUUACUAUCUGACCCUAAUAAAAUAUCUUUGUUAAAAAUGUAUAUGAAUCUCUUCGAUUUUAAAGGCUUUAGGGUAGAUGAAGCAAUUAGAAUGCUACUAACAAAAUUCAGAUUACCUGGGGAAUCCCAACAAAUUGAAAGAAUUAUAGAGGAAUUUUCAAGCAGAUAUGCUAAUAGUCAAAAUUAUCAAUCUAAUGAUACCACUAUUUAUGGAAAUGAAUCUGAGGGUACACAAUUACAACCGGAUUCGGACUCAGUAUUUAUUUUAAGUUAUUCAAUUAUUAUGCUAAAUACAGAUCUUCAUAAUCCGCAAGUUAAAGAACAUAUGUCAUUUGAAGAUUAUUCUAGUAAUUUAAAAGGUUGUUACAAUAAGAACGAUUUUCCCUUCUGGUAUUUAGACAAAAUAUACGCAUCAAUCAGAGAUAAAGAAAUCGUUAUGCCUGAGGAACAUCAUGGUAAUGAAAAAUGGUUUGAGGAUGCUUGGAAUAAUUUAAUAUCAUCCAAUACAGUUAUUACUAAUAUUUCAUCUGUCACAUCAACUGUAACGGAGAAUCUAAAUUCGAUUGAGAAGGUGCAAUUUGGUAGAUUAUUGUUCAAGAAUGUUGGUGCUGUUCUGAUAAAUGCAAUUUUCAAAACUUAUAUGUCUACUUCUGAUGAGCAUCGCUCAUCUCGUGUGAUUCAAUGCAUAGAAAAAUGUGCCUCAAUUGCAUCAUAUUAUAAUUACAAAAAUUUAUUCAACGAAUUAUUACGUCACGUAGUAAGAAUAACUACUUUAACUAAUCCCGAAAAUCCUUCUCCUAAUAAAAUUCAAUACAAUGUGGAAGAAAUUCCUUUAGUACGUAUAGACUUUGAAGAAACUCGAGCUUCCGUUCCUGUAAGUACUCUAGCAAUGAGAUUAGGUAGAUCUGAAAAAGCUCAAUUAUGCACUAUAUUAUUAUUUUCUAUCCUGCAGAACAACACUAAUAGUGAUAUUAUUACUGUUAAGAUAUGGACUGAAAUUAUUCAAGUUGUGUUAAACCUAUAUGAGAAUCUCUUAAUAACACCUGAUAUUUUUGGGGACCUUCAGCAAAAACUAAAGCUUGGUACGCUACCAAGGCCACAACCGGAUUUCGUUAUUCUUAAAACAAAUGAAAAUAAAGGUAUCUUAUCUACUUUCGCUUCAUACUUAAAAGGUGAUGAAGAGCCAACAGAUGAAGAAAUAGAAUACGCCAAAAUUGCAAUUAACUGUGUGAAAACUAGUAACAUACCGUCCUCUAUAUUUGGGAAUGAUAUUAAUAUUACCCCCACUAUAAUUAAGCUUCUAUUAGAAUCUAUUGAAUAUAAGAAAACGGACGAAAAUCAGAAUUAUUUUGAACCUGAAAUGUUAUUUUUAGUUGAAAUAUCUGUAUCUUUAUUUCCAUUUUGUAAAAAUGAAAAGGAAUUGGGUAAUUUUAUUCUAUCAAAAUUAUCUAUUCUCUCAAGGUUGGAAAACUUAUCGAAUGAAACAUAUCGUCGUUUUGUAGCUUAUGAGGUUCUAUUACUAUCUAUUCUAGAUGAGAAAGAGCAAUAUCUAACAUCAUUAAUUAACGAUAAAAUUUUAGCUUCCAAACAAAUAUUCUCUCCUAAAUUCUUUGCCAAUGAAGCUGGCUCUAAAUUAUUGGAUAAUAUACUCUAUUUUUCUGAAAUUGAUAAUUACAAAGAAGAAUUAUUAAAUAAUAAGGGAUUUUGGACCUUGCUAAAUUAUACUACUAAAGAAGACUAUUCAUCCGACAAGAUUUGCAAAUUUUUGGAAGACUCAAUUAGAGCUGAAAAGAAAAUUAUUAACAAAAAUACUAUUGAAUAUAUUCUUGAAAUAUUUGAAAAUAGAAUGCAUAUAGUUAAAAAACAGAAGGUAACUGUUGAAAAAAGUGAUCUACAGAAUUCGAAUAAAAAUGACUUUAAGGUAUUACUAGAUGGGUCAGAAGUCACUGAGAGAUGGGUGUCAUUUGUUAUUGCAUUAACAGGUGAGCGCUCCGUGUCAAAUUUACUAACAGUAGAUCGCAUAAUUAAAAUUAUACAAACUCUAUUUUUCAAAUUAGUAUAUUCUGAAAAAUCUUUAAGAUCAUCCAUUUUAACUGCUGUUGAAACCAUUUUAACCGCCAAUAUUGAAUAUUCUAAAAUGAAUAUUAAGGAUCUAGAAUCUGUCAUAGAACUUGGCAUCGUUACUGAACUAAAUAAAAGGCAUAAACUUGUAAAACCCUUAAUACUUGAUGUUUUAAUUAUGCUUCAAAAAGUCUUUGUUUACUAUUUAAAGAAGGGAAUUACGGAUGAUGAAACUUUUUUGAAAAUUUUAAAUGUAUUUAAUAAAUAUGUCGAUUCUAGUGAGGUUGAGGUUCAAGUUCAAAAAUUAAUAACUGAGAAAAAGGAGAUUGAAAGGCAACUUAAAGGGACAUCUGAAUCUGAGCAGGUGUCAGGAAGUGAGGAAGAUGUAUAUUCUAUAUCGAAUAAAAAUAAUAUUAUUAAUACCAAUGUGACUUCUGACCCAAUUGAUGAUAGUAAUACCACAAAUAAUGCAACCAAUGCUGAUGUAAAAGUUCAUAAUGAUAAUGACACAAAUACUAAAACGGAAAAUAAUAUCGAAGUUAAAGUCGAUGAUUCAUAA